UUCAGUAUUUUUUCACCUUCAGCCCGUGGCGAUUGUCCAAAUGGUUAUGUCCGUCAUGAUGAUUCCUGCUACAAAUUCUUCAACAGCGUUCUUGCCUCUUGGGCAGAAUCAUUGACCUACUGCGAACUGUUUGAAAGUAAAUUGGCUGUUAUCGAGACGGAGCGAGAACAGACAUUUAUCGAAGGAUUACUGAGAAGGGAAUGGCACCCAGGAGCAUCAGAUGGCGUGUGGAUUGAUGGGACAGACUUACUCGUGGAGGGAGAAUGGCUAUGGGCGGACGAUGGGACUCCCAUCAAAUCACAGGGCUAUAGUAAAUGGUAUCCAGGAGAGCCUAAUAGUUUAGGAAGAAGUGGUGAAGAUUGUAUGGACGUUCUUCACCAUGAGCAAUAUAAAUGGAAUGAUGACUCGUGUGAAAGAAAACAGAAUUUCCUUUGUGAAAUAGAGACAGAGAGCAAUGCCGGAUUUGGAGGCGGAAACACUGAAGGCGUCAUCGGAAAAUAA